AUGAUUUUUUCAACGUGUCCUAAACCUGGAGUAAUAUUUUUUAUUCUUGGAGUAUUGUUACUUUGUAAUUUGGUUUCGACUCAAGAUAAUCAUAAAUGGGAAAAAGUAUUAACGCAUAGUGCUUUUCCUGAAUAUCAAAUUAAAUACAAAGAACCGAAACUUUGUGAUGAAAAUGUUCAACAGUAUUCUGGAUAUAUUGACGUUAGUACAAAUAAAUCUCUUUUCUUUUGGUUUUUCGAAUCAAGAAAUAAACCUCAUGAAGAUCCACUCGUUCUUUGGAUUACCGGUGGUCCAGGAUGUUCUUCCUUAAAUAGCUUAUUCUUUGAAGUUGGUCCUUGUACUAUUAAAGGAGAUGGAAAUGGACCAAUUAAUAGUUCUUUUUCACGGAAUUAUAAUUCAUUGAAUAAUAUUGCUAAUAUUAUUUUCUUGGAUCAACCAACAAAUGCAGGGUAUUCUUAUGGUGAUAAAGUAUCUACUACUUUAGAGGCCGCCUCUGAUAUAUACGCAUUCUUACAAAUAUUUUUUCAAAACUUUCCUGAAUAUGCGAAAUUAGAUUUUCACAUUGCUGGCGAAUCGUACGCAGGACAUUUCUCACCUGCCGUGGCCGCAGAAAUAUAUUAUAAUAAUAACAAGAAAAAUUUUACUCAUAUCAAUCUUGAAUCCAUCUUGAUUGGAAAUGGCCUCGUAGACCCUCUGCUGCAAUUUAAAUAUUAUCCAGACAUGGCCUGUAAUUCAUCUUAUGGACCAGUAUUAAAUAUUUCUACAUGUGAUCAAAUGAGAAAAGAUUAUAAACGUUGUGCUAAUUUAACUGAAAUAUGUUAUAGUUCAAAAAGUGCAGCAGACUGCAGUAAAGCUACAGCGUUGUGCUUUAUUUAUAUGAUUGAACCCUAUCAAGCUUCUGGUAGAAGCUUAGCUGAUGUAAGAAAAUCGUGUAAUGAUAUAGCAACGUGCUAUCCAGAUUUAAUCACCAUUGGAAAUUUUUCUGAUCGUACGGAUUUUAAGAAUGAAUUAGGUGCUAAUUCUUCAUUGAAAUAUAAGAUUUGCAACUCUGAUGUUUUUACAGACUUUUCACAAACCGGUGAUAUAAUGCUUUCUUUCAUUCAAUCGAUUCCUCCGCUCUUGGAAGACAACAUUCGAGUAUUAAUUUAUGCAGGUGAUGCUGAUUUUCUUUGUAACUGGAUGGGUAAUGAAGCGUGGGUAAAAGAACUUGAAUGGAGUGGUAAAAAAGGUUUUAAUAAUGCUAAUGUUACUCGUUGGAUAACAAAAGACGCUUCCAAUCAUGCUGGAGAUGUUAGAACUUUUAAAGGACUUACAUUCUUGAGAGUUUUUAAAGCUGGACAUAUGCCACCUCAUGACCAGUCAAGUUCAAGUUUUGAUUUCUUUAGUAGAUGGUUAUCCAAGGAAGAUUU